AUGUCAAAUUCAUCCUCUUCGUAUGCAACCAUUGCUGAAGUUCAAACGCUUUCCUCUCACGUCUCGGUGUUACAAGUGGUGGUCAUUAUUAAUUCGGUACUCAUAGGUUUGCUACUGUUGAUGACAUUCGUAAUGGCUGCUGCUCAUUGUCAACAAGAGUACAACAAUGCACUUUCUUCUAAUGGAUUGACUCAAGUAGAAGAUCCUUUAUGGUUGAAAUGUUUUCAAAUUGUCAAUGCUGUCAUUCAAAUGAUUCUUUGUUCAUGUUUUUGUCCAUCACGAAUGAAGAACAAGUUAAAAACAAUUCGACUAUUCAAUGAAGAGGAAUGGAGAGAGUGGCAUCAAAAUGACUUGAAAAUGCAAAAAGGAUUGAUCUUUGAGGGAAUGGAUGAGAAUGAAACCUCUCCUUCCAUGAACGAAGAGAAAUCCAAGUAA